AUGCAUUUUGAAGUCCAUCACAUUCAGCACGUCCUGCUAUUGGCUGCAGCCGUGACAUCGGUCCAGGUCCCAGACCCCUCCUUCAGCCUGUCCAAUGAGAGGACUUCGAUUGAGAGGACGUAUGAGCUGACCAAGUAUCUGGAGCAUCAGCUGAGAGAGAUAAAGGACACCUAUUUAUCCUACCUGGGCCCGCCGUUCAGUGACCCAGACUUCUCCCCUCCGCGGCCCAACAGCACAGCCCUGUCCUUACCCAGCGCGGCCACCCGUCUGGAGCUGUGGCGGGGCCUGGAGAACCGUGCAAGGCUGGCCCAGAACCAGAGGGCUUACUCUGUUCUGCUGGGGGCGGUGAGGGAGCUGGCCCGCUCCACUCUCUGCCCCUACCUCCAGAGCUCCCUGCUGCACUUUUCUACAGGCCUGGACGGUCUGUUAGGGUCUAUAUCAGGCCUCAUGAACACACUGGGGUAUGCCCUGCCUCCUGCUGGGAUUGAGGCGCAGUACCCACGUAAGGGCACAGGGGGCGAUGGAGAGGCGACGGGACGCAGACCAGCUCCACUUAUGAGUCAGGGUCUCUAUAAGACAGGGGCGGAGAUGGGGGCGGGACCAAGGAGGCAUCCCCUUGAUGAUCAGAGGGGUGCUGGGACCAACAGAGGGCUGGUGAGAGGACAAAAGGAGGAGAGCACCAGGAGAGAAAUGACAGAGAGAAAGAGGGAGCGAGAGAAGGAUAGAGGGAGGGGAAGGGAGGGAAGGAGAGCGGAGGUGACAGGGGCUGCGGUUAGGAGCGUGGGAUCGAGGCAGGAGGGGAGAGGGGAGCGAGGGAGGAAAGGAAGGAAGAGACACUCAGAGGAUUGGGAGGGGGCCAGUGAAGACAGGCAAGAGGAGGAAGAGUUGGAGAGAGAGGGAGGGAGCGAGAGAUGGGGGAGGAGGAGAAGGCUGCUGAGUGUUUCAGAGGAAGGAGAGAGAACAGUGAAGCAGGGUCCACUGGAGUCUGACGCCAGAGUCACUCUGUCCUUCUCAGACAGACAGACCUUCCCCCAACAACAACAACUCCUAAACAACAAUAACAAUAACAACUAUGAUAACGACAACCUCAACAGCUACAACUUCAACUACCCCCACCAAAACAAGGAACGAGCCAGAGAGGUGGAUGCAGAAAACAGGGCGACAGAGGAGGAACAUUACAUCAUCAGAGAGUCUGCAUCCCUCCUCUCCUCCUCUCCAUCCCUACAUCCCCAGCGCCGAUCCCCUCGCUCCUUAUUCUCCCCCACCCUCCACCCCCCCCUCUCCCUCUUCUACCCAUUUGGCACAGGGACAGGGGAGGGACACACCCUGUUGUCAGAACCAGUGCCCUUGUCAUUGAGGAGGGGUCCCCCCCUGCUGCCGCCCCCUCCCCUGUCCCCCCUCCUGUCCUCCUCCCCUCUGCUGGCGGUGCGGCCGGCGCUCAACGACUUCUCCAGGAAGGUGGAGGGCUUCUGGGUACUGAGGGAGCUGCAGAGCUGGCUGUGGCGAUCCGCCAAGGACUUCAACCGCCUUAAGAAGAGACUUAGAGUCUGACAGACUGAGAGAGGACACACAGAGACAGAGGGACUGAAGGAGGACACACACACACACAAACAUACAAACCCUCUCUCUCUCUCUCUCUCCCUCUCUCUCUCUCUCUCUCUCUCUCUCUCUCUCUCACACACACACACACACACACACACACACACACACACACACACACACACACACACACACACACACACACACACACACACACGCACACACAUAUACAGCCUGAGAGAACACACACAAACAGAGACAUACCCACGCAUAGAACCUGGGAGAGAAAAACACACACCCUGCGAGCGGGCACACACACACACACACUAUCACACAAACCGUGUUGGAAUACCUAGCUUGUGCUGAACCAUGGAAAAGGGGCUUUCUGGCCAGACAUCAGCCUGGGCACAGUGGCACAUCCGGGGAUGGAAAUUGACCAAUUGUCUGUCUCUGUGUGGACAAUAUGAGCACUGUCAGCAAUGACAUGACAUCAUGACAUAGCAGGUCAUUGAUCCGCCAUUGGAACUGAUUUACUGGACGUAACGCCUCACAUACUGGACAUAAAGGUGGUAGUCAAGCAGAUAGACAGUCAUGUCAUUGACCGAGAUCUAAUUCAGAACCACAGUGAAUCACGAGACAUUACUCUUCGCCCAGGGAGGAAGAAAGAGUUAUGAAUGGAGAGAGACAAAGAGAAGAAGAGGGAGAGGAAAUGACAGGAUGGAGAGAGGGUAGAAAGAAAGAGUGAGUGAGAGAAAGAGAGAGAGAGAAAGGGGGAGUCUGAGUCAGGGGCUGUGGGGGUUGCUGAGUAAUCAGAGAUCUGCUGACCCUUGCAGCAACCCUGCAUAGAAACCAACCGGACAGUCACAGUGGCAUCAAACACACACACACACACACACACACACACACACACACACACACACACACACACACACACACACACACACACACACACACACACACACACACACACACACACACACACACACACAUACAAACACACAAGCACACGCACACACACAUUUCCAGGUGAACCAGUCAUUUGUGAAUUGGCCAACUGUUUUUACAUAGAGUUGUUGAUACUUUCAACUUUGGUAUCUCAGCCUUUCCCUUCGCUUGUUUCAGCCAAAUGCAACACAAAAGCCCUAAACUUGGCGUGGUGUUUUUUUUUUUACAGCAGAUCUGGGACCUGUACAGUACCGUCCAACAAUGUGUAUGUAUAGAGUUUAGCUUUAGAUUAUAUCUAUGAUAUUUAUUGAAGAUGUUUUAUUUAUUUUCUUGUGUGAAUAAUACUGUUCUUUAUCAUGUUGGAGAUGAAAGAAAAUCAAAUAUGAGCUUUU